AAGUCAUGGACGCCCUCCCGGUCGUCAUCACGCGCUCCUUCACCAUCUCCCCCGACGACGAUAACGACAUCUAUCCGGCGUCCGAAUCGCCCCAUUUCGAGAGCUUCGAGCGGAUGCCCUACAUCUCGGACCCGGAGCUCUCCGCGGCCAUGCGCGACGCGGUGAACGACGUGGCGGAGUCCCGGUCCGUGCUGGAGGCCCUGGGCCCGCGGCCGGACCAUGAGACAGUGGACGUGGCCCGGGCACGCGUGGAGGAGAUCAACGCGGCCGGGGACACGUCCGAGGAGGCGAUGCAGGACUACAAGGUGUGCAAGGCGGUGAUCGAGCUGGACGAGAUGCACGAGGCGUACGAGACGAUGCUGGAGGAAGCGGAGAAGCGCCUCGAGAGCAUCUAUGAGGAGGCGGCGGAUGACUAUGAGGACUAUGAGGAGGCGGGGGAGGCGAUGAAGAUUGGGGAGUUGAUGAAUGAGGAGGUGGCCGCCAUUUUGAAGGCCGCGAAGUCCGGGAAGAAGGCGAUUGAGAAGGUGGAUUUGUCCGGGAGGAAGUUGAAGAUCUUGCCGGAGGAGUUUGGGGGGUUGAAUUUGUUGGUUGUGCUCAAUUUGUCUUAUAACAAGCUUGAGUGGAUCCCAGAUUCAAUUGCAGGCCUAGAGCAUCUGGAAGAGCUAAUUCUUGUAGCAAACCUAUUAGAAUCACUGCCUGACUCCAUGGGCCUAUUGGAGAAUCUCAAAAUCUUGAAUGUCUCCUCAAACAAGCUUUCCGCCCUACCUGAUAGCAUAUGCCACUGCAGGUCGUUAGAGGAGCUGGACGCGAGCUUCAACAAGCUCACGUACCUCCCAACCAACAUCGGUCACGAGCUGGUGAACCUGAAGCGCCUGCGCGUCCAGCUGAACAAGAUCCGGUCCCUCCCGACCUCCAUCGUUGAGAUGAAGUCCCUGCGCCUCUUGGAUGUGCACUUCAACGAGCUCCACGCCAUCCCACAAACAAUUGGGAAAUUGGCAAAUUUGGAAACCCUAAAUUUGAGCAGCAAUUUCAGUGACCUAACUGAUUUGCCUGAGACAAUCUCGGACAUCAUCAGCCUCAAGGAGCUUGAUCUCAGCAACAACCAGAUUCAUGCUCUGCCUAACACGUUUGGGAGGCUGGUGAACUUGACCAAGCUCAAAUUGGAUGGGAAUCCUCUCGAGAUUCCCCCCACGAGCGUUGCUUCGGCCGGGCUGGAUGCGGUGAUGGCUUACAUGACCAAGAGGUGGGUGGAUAUGCUGAUGGAUGUGGAUGAUGAGAAGAGCAUGCUGUUUGUGAAGGAGGAGCCGGAGGAGGAAGGGCUGCUCAACCAUGGGGCGAGCUGGCUGAGGACCGUGGUCACGUUGUUUGGGGGGUUUGAUUCGGAUGCUGACUGCCACCUAGAUCAUCAGUACUGAGUUUCUUUCAUCAGUACAUGUCAUGUGUAUCGAGAGUGCCCUCUAUGUUGAGAAGGUUCACUUGAGGGCGGGCGAUCAAGUGUUGCUCGGACGCUACCUAAAUUAUAAAUUAUUGCAUUUUAUCAGUACAUGUCACGUGUCAGGUUAAUAAGAGUU